AUGGAGGACAGGAAGAGACCCGCCGCCAACGCGGACGAUGUUGCCCCUCCUAGCAAGCGACAGGCUGUCAACGGCACCAGCAAGUCCAAGGACGACUCCAACGAUUCAAGGGAAGAGGCUUGGAUUGAGGAAUAUCAAAAAGGUGCCAUUUACCGGCAGAUGCUCGAGUACAAGCGGUCAAAGGUCGACCUAGAACACCGUCUACAAGAAGCCGAGAAAAGCGCGGCUUUUCACGAUGAUCAUUUGCGGGUUAUCAAGUACUGGCUAUCGCAGUUGACUCAAGAGCUAGAGUUGAUUGUCGAAGGGUCACUCAAAUCCAUAGCCCUCAAGCCCGUAGACUCCAAUUGGGUAUCGAGCCUCGCCUUUAAGGACAGCAAGGAAUUCCGCCAACAUUUGGACGACAUCAAGAAACCCGUCAUUCUCAAGGUCGAGUCGCUACUCAACAAGCUCGCCAGUUCCCGGGGCGAGGUCAAGCCCGAUGUGGCGCAAUUGGAAGCACAGGUGAAGUCUUUACUGGCAAAUCAAAAGGAACUAGCAGUGAAAAUCGACAGACUCCAGGCCGAAAAUGCGACGCUCUCCGAACAGUAUGAUACCGCGACUCUCAAGGUGAUCAAGGCGGAACGGAAGCUCGAUAGAGUUAGAAGUGCCCAAGUCCAAAAAUUGGAACAGCAGGCACUGGCCAACUCGACAACGCGACAAACCACAAAUGACGAAAAUGGCACAGGUUCAAUCGCGGAAAACGGCGACGGCGCCGAGUACAAGACUAAAUACAAGGAAGCCAUUGCCGUGGCCAACAAGCAAAAAGAACAGAUUGAGUCUCUUCUUGCCGAAAUCAAGACCUUACAAGAAGAAAAUGCCAGUUUCAAGAUCAAGAAGGAGGGCAUUUCCGAGGAAGAUUAUGCCCGGACCGACGUAUUCAAGCAGUUCAAGGCUCAAAACGAGGAUCUCAUCAAGCGCAUCAACAACCUGGAGGCCGUCAACAAGCAGUUCCGGGAAGACGCCGAGAAGCUGCGGGCCGAACGAACAUCGUACCGUGCCACCCUGGAACAAGAAGCCCAGGCUCUCACGUCAGAUCUGGAGGACCAGAUACAACAAAAAGACCAGGAUCUCACUAGGAUCCGCUCCGCAAGGGAUGAGCUUCUUGCUGAACUUGCAAUGCGCAAGGCAAGCCAGGAACAGGAAAAGACAGCAUCCGCUCACCUGAAUGAGCUUGUUGAGGCCAUGACGGAUCGGAUAACUCAACUAGAAUCCGAACUUGAGAGGCUAAGACCAACGGAAGAUGCAGCCAAGGCCGCCCCGUCGGAGGAUUUAAGCACUCUCUCGGCUGAAGAGCUCCGUGAGAAGUUCGCCAAGUUGGAGCGGGAUUACGAGGCGAUCAACAAGGAGCUUCCAGCACUCGAGAAGUCAUACAGGAAGGCUAUGGGUAUUGCCCAUAAGAAGGUGAUGGAUUUCACUGCUCUGGAGGAGCGGGUUGCUAUUCUCACAGCCGAAAAGAGCAAAGCAGACCAGAAGUACUUUGCCGCGCGCAAAGACAUGGACAUUCGGAUAGCCGAGAUACGGACAUUGCGCGGACAGAACAGCAAGAGCUCCGAGAUCAUUUCCCAGCUUAAGGAUGUCGAGACACAGCACCGAGCACUCAUCACCACUUUGGAGAAGCAGAUUGCGGAUCUGAAGCAGUCCAACAUAACUAUUGUGACGGAGAGCAAGAAGCUGGAAUCCUUGAGUUCCGAGGCCACUCGGCGGGCAGAUUCGGUAAAGUCGCAGAUUGAAAACCUGCAAAAUCUUGUGAAAUCCAAGGACACGGCAGGCAGGGAACUGAAGGAGAAGGCAAUGGACAAGGAGCAGGAGGCGGAGAAGCUCAAGGUGCGCCUCGAUAAAGUCAGCUCGGAACGCGACAAAUGGAAGACGAAGUGCCAGUCCAACUCGACUGAGGAGGAGGAAAUGCUGAGGAACUUGGUCCUUUGUUCCGUAUGCAGAAGCAACUUCAAGAACACGAUACUCAAGGGAUGUGGGCAUGUCUUCUGCAACGAGUGUGUCGACAACCGACUGGCGAACCGGAUGCGAAAAUGCCCAAGCUGCAACAAGGCGUUCGAUCGAUCUGACGCCAUGCCUGCUCAUUUGUAA